UUCCAAGGUGUUUUUCACACCCCUCUUGAGUCCAAUAUGCUGUAUCUAGGAAGAGAGUCCAACAUGAACGAUUGAACAGGACAAACCAUCUAUGAAAAACGUUGGUUCCCUUUGUUGAAAUUGAUAAAAAAGGAAAAAAGUGCACAAAUUUACAACUACCUACUAGUUAGACAUUAGCUUGAUUUCUGCUCCCUUAGAUUUUCCUAGCUUAUCCAUGGCUUCCUCUCAUAUCCUCUGUCACAACCAUAUCCUCCAAUUUUCAUCCAAUUCCAGUAGGUGCAGCACUUUUUCUUCCGUCACCUCACAUGGGUUUUGUUCUUUCAGCUCAAGGUCAAGAUUUGAAAGAAGCCCAUUGUUAAAACUCAGGGUUUCUGCCGGAAGACAAAUAGAGAUAGUAUAUGAUCCUGAUGAAAGAAUAAACAAGUUGGCGGAUGUGGUGGACAAGGAUGCGCCUCUUUCAAGGCUUAAUCUGUUCUCGCCUUGCAAGAUAAAUGUUUUCUUGAGAAUAACUAACAAAAGGGAAGAUGGGUUUCAUGAUUUGGCAUCUCUGUUUCAUGUUAUAAGCCUUGGAGAUAUAAUUAAGUUCUCUUUGUCACCAUCAAAAAAGAAGGAUGUUUUGUCAACCAAUGUGUCUGGAGUACCCCUUGAUGAUAAAAAUUUGAUUAUUAAGGCGCUUAACCUUUACAGGAAGAAAACUGGUACCGAUAAUUUCUUCUGGAUUCAUCUUGAUAAAAGGGUGCCCACUGGAGCGGGGCUUGGUGGUGGAAGCAGCAAUGCUGCAACUGCACUGUGGGCAGCAAAUCAAUUCAAUAAUUGUCGUGCUACAGAGAAGGAACUCCAAGAAUGGUCAAGUGAGAUUGGUUCAGAUAUUCCCUUCUUUUUCUCCCAAGGAGCUGCCUAUUGUACCGGUCGAGGUGAGGUUGUUGAGAACAUUCUCCCUCCUGUUCCCUUAGACAUUCCAAUGGUUCUCAUAAAGCCCCAGCAGGCAUGUUCAACAGCUGAAGUUUAUAAGCGCCUCAGGCUGGAUAACACCAGUAAGGUUGAUCCUUUGGCAUUGUUAGAGAAAAUCUCAAGGGAUGGAAUAACUCAAGAUGUUUGUAUCAAUGAUUUAGAGCCUCCUGCAUUUGAAGUUCUUCCAUCUCUUAAAAGAUUAAAGCAGCGUGUAAUCGCUGCAAGUCGUGGACAGUAUGAUGCUGUGUUUAUGUCUGGGAGUGGAAGCACAAUUGUUGGGAUUGGUUCCCCUGAUCCUCCACAGUUCAUUUAUGAUGAUGAUGAAUACAAGGAUGUAUUUUUGUCAGAGGCCAAUUUUCUCACCCGUGAAGAAAAUGAGUGGUACAAAGAACCUGCUUCAAAAACUGCUUCUAGCCCACAGACGGAUUUUUCCCAGUCAAUUGAGUAAUGCAUCCUCAUAGGAAACACGAUGGACAUUUUUAUCCAUUCAAUUUCCAACUUAUUUUUCUUUUUUGUAAAUACUGUCCGUGAAAAAAAUAAAUAAAUGAAGAUCUCAAUUGAAGCGGUA